GUCUGAAGUCGGGGUCCAUGUUCACCGCCGCCCCGGAACCUGCAUACUGAAGUCUCGCCGCUUGAAGAGACUGGCAGUUGGUUGAAUUCGCUGGUUUGGGGCUACGCCCACCGAGCUCCCUGAUCUGAGGGCAGGCAGGCAGAGUGUUAAAAUGGCGCACAGCUGUCGGUGGCGGUUCCCUGCUCGGCCCGGAGGGAGCAGCAACUCGGGCACUGGGAGAAAAGCGGGCCGGAUCCGGGUCACGGCUUCCCUCCGAAAUGGCGCAGGAACUCAUUCGACCGCGAGCGGGCUCGGGCCCGGUUUCGACGCGGCGCUGCAAGUGUCCACUGCGAUCGGCAACAACCUGCAGAAAUUUCGGGAUGUUUUGGGCGAGUCGAGCGGCUCCAGCAGCGGGGAGGAGGAUGCAUUUGAAGGUUUUGAUACAGUUAUUGAAAAUGGAAGAGUACAUAGUCCUGGGUGGACCCCAACAGCUAAAUUGUCACAAGAGAAGAAGCCAAGAGGCCGUCCCCCAAGAUGUUUGCAGCAAUUGGCUACACGUGUUGAACCUCAUCCUCAGUCUGUCAUCACAACUCCACCCACAGAGAAGAUAAAGCGGCCACCAGGUAGACCUCCUGGAUUUGGGACAAAAAAAAGAGGCCGUCCUCCUGCAUCUGGUAACCAGAGAACAUGGCUGCAAGGUGGCAAAGCGUUACCUGGUGAAAGCAGGGAUGCUGGACUGGAGCACAGCUGUAGUCCAGCGCUUCGCAAGGACAUUGUGGAAGAUGACAAGGAAAGAAAGGCCGCGAAGAGAAUUCCUCUCGGAUCCGUGCAGCAGCAGGAAUCUGAGGACAAGUUAACAAAAGUUGGCCGUGAUUCGAAGGUGACCAAAAUGAAGCGGAUGCGGGAUGUCAAAGUGAAGCCUGGACUUUUGAAGGGUCUCCCAGUUCCCUUUGUGCCAAGACGGGGGCGUGGCAGACCUCCCUCUGCCGAACGCCUCAAGGCUGAGAUUGCUGCUGCUUCACUGGCCCUAGAGUCUGGCACUGCCAAACAUAUGUCCUUCGGUCAUCGCCUAGAAGAGGAUACAGAUCCCCGUUCUACACAGCAUCUCAAGCUCAGGGCCUCUCAUUCUGCUGAUGAACACACUACCCCCGAUUCCCCAGGUUCUGAAUCGGUCGUCAAUCCAACGACACCUUCAAAACAUGGAAGUCGUUUGGGUUUACGGCAAAGUCCUCGCCAUAUCAAGCCUGUGCGCACUGUUCCUAUUGCAAAGCAGUUACUGCAGCGGGCUAAAAAAGGGGCACGCAAAAAGAAACUGGAAGCAGCGGGUACUCAGGGACCGGCAGCUAUUGAGUCUGGUAAUCGGAAGAGAACAAGAACGCAGCUGAAAAACAUUCGUCAGUUCAUAAUGCCCGUGGUGAGUACAGUGUCCUUGCGGAUUAUUAAAACCCCUAAGCGCUUCAUUGAAGAUGAGUUUAGUGCCCCUCCCCCUCACAUGAAAAUUCCACGCUUAGACCCCACAGUGCCCGCUCCGGUCACCCAUCCCUCAACAACAUCCUCCACAAUCGUUUCCACUGCUCCAAGUAACACUGGAACCGUGGCUGUCUCUGGGGCAGGACCUCCUGUCGAUACCUUUCCUCCCCCUCCACCCCCUGCACCCCCUGCCAGUGCCACUGUUGCGACAGGAAGUCUCCUCAGUAACAAUAGCUGCAACAGUAAUGGGCGCUUCAGCAGCAGUGCAGCAUCUUGUGGCUCCAGUGCAGUGUCACAACAUUCCUUCCAGCUCUCCUCGGGAGAGUCUUCACGCUCCAGCAGCCCCAGUCUAGAUGACUCCUCUUGUGACUCGCAGAUUUCAGAUGGUACCCAGGUGCUCUCAGAGGAGCCUGACCAUUCCCCUUCCUCUCAGGGAGAGAGGGAGGCCAGUCUGCACCAUUCCCCACGUCCACUGUCCCCACCGUCUGAGCCUGAGACAGAGCACAUGGAGUUAAUGGAGCCAAACAGGCGAGGAAGAAGAGGUCAGGGACUAAGGAGAGGCAACUUGUCACGUGGUCGGAGCAAUCUGAUCAGCAAUAGGAAAAGAGCCAUCGUCAGCCCUGCCACAGGUGUAAUGAUGUCCUCUUCUCAGGCAGGUUCCCAGCAGGCCUCUUCUACUGCUUCUUCAUCAUCUUCGCCACCACCACCUCCUCUUCUUACUCCACCUCAGCCUCCUCAGUCAGCCUCAUCCAGUGUGUCUGCCAUUACCGAACACCACCCUCACUCUCCAUGGAUUAUGCCUCAUCCCAUUGCCCCUUUCCUGCCUGCUCCUCCGAUAAUCACUGGUUCUCAUGACAAACGCCGUGCCAUAUUGCGGGAGCCCACAUUUCGCUGGACAUCGUUGUCACGCAUAGAGCAGCAAUACUUCUCUUCUGCCAAGUAUGCAAAAGAGGGCCUUAUUCGUAAGCCUAUAUUCGAUAACUUCCGCCCUCCACCACUUACGGCUGAAGAUGUGGGACUGAUGCCUCCUGGACCUGGCGGAGGUGGAGUGGCACCAGGAGGGUUCCCUGCACCAGGCGGUACAUCUGGAACAGGUACUAGGAUGUUUUCUCCUCUGCAUCAUCAUCAUCACCAGCAUCCCUCAUCUCGUUUUGAGACUCCACUCCAUAAACGCAGCCCACUGCUCCGUGCCCCUCGCUUUACUCCCAGUGCUGCACACUCCCGUAUUUUUGAGUCAGUCACCCUGCCAUCUUCCUCGGGAAGCAGCCCUAGCUCUCAGUCUCCUCUCCAGUCCGCACCACCAUCGAACAGGCUGCCUCGAUGCAGGAGGAGAAGAAUGUUUGGGCAUUCCCGCAUACAAUCCAGAUCACCCUCACACUCCAUGACCACCAGGAGCAGUCAGUCAGGAGCCCAGGCUGGAAAGAGCUCUGCUGAACUCUCUGCACUAACUAGCUCUGUUCCUACUAGUGUGACGGGCAAUUCCAGCCCUUUACCUGGGAUUGCAGUCAGUCCAGUUGCUCCAAGUGCCUUACCUCAAGCCCCUUUUAAUACAUUCUCAUCAAGUUCACUUGGCCCCAAUAGUCAUAGAGCCUCUGAUGUUCGAAGAAUGGACGUGGGCCUCGGUGGUGGUGUGAGUUCUGCCUCUUCCUCAUCACAGCUCUUCCCUCGUUUUGCUUCCAGUCCCCAAGGUUCAAGUGGGGGCACUGGAAAAGGAGGGAGAGAGAGGAGUGUUUCAACUUCACGAGAUACCCUUUCAAAGGAGAAAGAUAGAGAGACCGAGAGAAGUAGAGACCGUGGAAAGGAAAAUAAAAAAGAAGCCAAAAAAGACUGGGAAAAAAGAGGGAAGAGCCUUGCUACAGAUAGCCCUACUAAUUACACUGCAGGCCUUUUUGCUGUGGAUGGCAAGGAGGUAGAGGAAACGUUCAGCCAUAAAAAGACUCCUGGGCAAAAGAAAUCUGUUUCAGUCGACUCUGGUGCAGAGACCCCACCAGCUGACACAAACGUAAUCCAACCCACAAGGGAGCCAUUAUCUAAAGGACGUGUGUCCAAAAAAGGCAGAUUGCCAGAAAAAGGUAUGGAGGCUGAUGAGAUGGAGAAGAACAAAGAGAGGUCUACUGCACCUGUCCCACCUAUUCAUUCCAGAAAACUCCCCUCUACACCAUCCAUAGGUCCCGUGAUCAACUUAGAAAAACAGCCAGCCACAGACAUGAGUAUGGCUGACCUCCUGGAAAAGGCUAAAAAACAGCUCUUGGAUAUAGAAAAGAGCAAGUCCUUGAAACCAGUGGAUCAGCCUAAAGUGCAGGGUCAAGAAAGCGAUUCUUCUGAAGCGUCAGUCCGUGGUCCACGGAUCAAGCACGUGUGCCGUCGUGCCGCAGUAGCAUUGGGUCGCAAUCGUGCUGUGUUCCCAGAUGAUAUGCCCACCCUUAGUGCCUUGCCAUGGGAGGAGAGAGAAAAGAUCCUGUCUUCCAUGGGAAAUGAUGAUAAAUCUUCAGUGGCAGGUUCAGAAGAGGCAGAGCCUUCUUCCCCUCCCAUAAAACCAGUAACAAGACACAAAACUGUCCAGGAAGCCACACCCAGAAAGGGUCGGCGCUCACGGCGCUGUGGGCAGUGUCCUGGCUGUCAAGUCCCAGAGGACUGCGGGCAUUGCGCCAACUGUCUGGAUAAGCCCAAGUUCGGGGGACGCAACAUUAAAAAACAAUGCUGCAAGGAGAGGAAGUGCCAGAACUUGCAGUGGAUGCCAUCAAAAAUGUUUCUUCAGAAGCAAGCAAAAGGUAAAAAAGAUAGGAAGAAAAACAAAGUGCCAGAAAAAAAGGAAUCCCAUCACUCUGUCAGAUCUCAAUGUCCUGAGGUACACCUCAAAUCAACCCCAGUUCCCUCAAAGGAUGACCCUCCGGUGAAGAAAAGUGACACUCCACCCCCAGUAGAGGAAGAGCACACACAAAAACAGCAGCCACCAUCCCCACCACCACCCAGCUCUUCCCCAAACGGUGAUCCCCCUUUAAUUCCCAGCCCAGAGGACACAAGACCACCUUCAGCUACUAGUUCUGCCUAUAAGAAGGACCGAAAGCUGUCAAGCCCUUUAUCCAGGUCUCCACACACCACUGCAUCUAGCCAACCACCAGAACCAUCUCAAGAGAUCAUGCAAACCCAGACUCCAGCAAAAAAGGAAGGAUCCGCAAAGUCGCCAUCUAAUGAACCCAAAAAGAAGCCACAGCAGCAUACUCAACCUUCAUCUGUUGCAUCCUCUGCUUCUGAAGCAAAGCAAAUAAAAAAGCAGGCUGUUCAUUGUGGUACUCCACCAAAGCCAAAACCAAAGGAGAAGGAGAAACAGAUGGUCACCAAACCUGACCGCAGUACUUUAAACUUCCUGAGCACUCCCUCGACUGGGGGCACUGCCAAGCAGAAAGCACCCUCCGACGGAGUGCAUCGAAUCAGAGUGGAUUUUAAAGAGGACUUUGACAUUGAGAAGGUGUGGGAAAUGGGUGGGCUCAGCAUCCUCACCUCUGUGCCAAUUGCCCCACAAGUGGUCUGCUUUCUCUGUGCCAGCAGUGGCAAUGUGGAGUUUGUCUUCUGCCAGGUAUGCUGUGAGCCUUUCCAUAUCUUUUGCUUGGGGGAGACCGAACGCCCCUUGAAUGAAGAGUGGGAGAACUGGUGCUGCCGCCGGUGCCGGUUCUGUCAUGUCUGUGGCCGUCAGCACCAGAAGACUAAAGAGCUGCUGGAGUGUGACAAGUGCCGAAACAGCUUUCACCCUGAGUGCCUGGGACCCAACCAUCCUACAAGACCCACCAAGAGAAGAAUCUGGAUUUGUACCCAGUGUGUUCGCUGUAAAAGUUGUGGGGCCACCAAACCAGGAAAGACUUGGGAUGCCCAGUGGUCACAUGACUUCUCUUUGUGUCAUGACUGUGCCAAACGUUUUGCUAAGGGAAACUUCUGCCCUCUCUGUAACAAGUGCUAUGAUGAUGAUUAUGAAAAUAAGAUGAUGCAGUGUGGAAAGUGUGAUCACUGGGUUCAUGCCAAAUGCGAGAGUCUUACUGAUGAGAUGUACGAGUUAAUGUCCAGACUGCCUAAAAACCUGGCCUACACCUGUGUUAACUGUACCGAGCACCACCCACCUAAGUGGCGCACUGCCUUGGAGAAGGACAUCCAGAGCAGCAUGCGCCAAGUUCUCACCGCACUCCUCAACUCCCGCACUUCCACUCACCUACUCCAUUACAGACAAGUGGUGAUGAAGCCACCUGAACUGAACCCAGAAACUGAAGAAAGCCUCCCCUCUCGGCGUUCCCCUGAAGGGCCUGACCCUCCACUUCUUACAGAGGUUUCGCUGCCCAGUGAUUCACCCCUUGACUUAGCGUCUGUGGAAAAGAAAAUGAAUUCAGGGCACUACAGAUCUGUGCUGGACUUUAGUGAUGAUAUUGUAAGAGUUGUCCAGACAGCCAUUAAUUUAGAGGGAGGUCAGCCAGAAAGCAGGAAGGCCAACAGCAUGGUGAAGUCCUUCUUUAUCCGGCAAAUGGAACGGGUUUUUCCAUGGUUCAAGGUGAAAGAAUCAAAAUUCUGGGAGGCACACAAAGUCUCUUACAAUAGUGGUUUACUUCCUAAUGCUGUACUACCUCCUUCUCUGGAUCACAACUAUGCCCAGUGGCAGGAGAGGGAAGAAAUGGCAUGUGCAGAGCACCAUCUCUCUAUGAAGAUUAUUCCUGCUCCUUGUUCUAAAGCUCCUGGAGAACCCGACUUCCCAAUUGUAACUCCACCUCCACCUCCACAGCUUAUUCAUGACUUUAGUCAAGAGGACAUCCCUGAGCUUCCCCCUCCCUCUGGUAUUGGUGACAAUAGACAAUGUGUACUUUGUCUGAACUAUGGGGAUGAGAAGACAAAUGAAUGUGGAAGGCUGCUUUACAUUGGCCAAAACGAGUGGGCUCAUGUAAACUGUGCGCUGUGGUCAGCAGAGGUAUUUGAGGAUGAUGAUGGCUCUCUCAAAAAUGUCCAUAUGGCAGUAAGCCGUGGCAGAGAGCUGCACUGUGAGAACUGUCAAAAGCCAGGAGCCACUGUAGGCUGCUGUCUGACCUCCUGCUCGAGUAACUACCACUUCAUGUGUGCUCGUCAGUGCCACUGUGCCUUUCUGGAAGACAAAAAGGUGUACUGCCAGCGGCACAGAGACUUGGUCAAAGGCGAGGUGCUGUCAGACACAGGAUUCGAAGUGACCCGGAGGAUUCUGGUGGACUUUGAGGGGAUCAGUUUAAGAAGAAAGUUUCUCCAUGGCCUUGAACCAGAUAAAGUCCACAUGAUGAUAGGUUCCAUGACUAUUGAUUGUCUCGGUAUGUUAACGGAGCUCUCAGAUUGUGAGAGAAAACUCUUUCCCAUUGGAUAUCAAUGCUCAAGGGUUUACUGGAGUACGUUGGAUGCCCGCAAACGAUGCGUCUACACCUGUAGAAUUCUGGCAUGCCGCCCUCUAGUGGCAGACAGCAUCAGUAACAGCAUAGUCACGCAAGAGAACAAUUGUACUAUUGCUCACAGUCCACCUCUAGCCUUGGAAGAGGUGGACUCAUCACUGUCACCUGAUUCAGUUUCUGUUGACCGUAACAUAUUGCCCAUGACACCAAAGCCAAGAGUUUGUUUCAGAAACAGACACCCCAGUUACCCACCCUGUCAUCGUUCUUCUUCCUCUAGACAUCUGCCCUCUCCAGCCGCUGUCAGUUCUGUUCAUGAAAUGGUAACUGUUAAUGACCCUCUGCUGAGCUCCAGUCCAUCUAGUAUUGGGUCUCGUCGACAUAGCACUUCCUCCCUCUCACAUCAGCAACCAAGACAGAAAACUUCCUCUGGUCCACAGGGAAGUAGCUUAUCCAGCCAGAUCCAACCAGUCUCUCCAUCACCUGCCUCGACCUCCCAGGACCAUGGAGGUGGAGAUUCUGUAAAAGGGAAAGUGUUUAGUGAUGAGAAACCUCAAUGUCGGGAGACAACCACUGUAAAAACUAUAGUCCAGUUCAGACCCGUGUACGGUGUUGCAGAGAGAUUCGGUGGUGGGGGUAGAGAUGCUGGCAAAAAGCCAAACGAAGGAGAGCGCUUUAAAUCUUCUCCAUCUGCAGCUCUGACAUCACCUCCACUUGGAACCGCAGUUCUGACUGGGCAUCAAAGGGGCAGUGACAGCAUGAGGAUAGAAAAGGGGAAACAGGUGACAAAAGACACUGAUCUACCAGCAGGAGCCACCCUUUUGACUUGCAGUCCAUUUGCUACCGAUUCAAAAGAUAAUGGUGUUCCAGGGAAAGAAGCAGUCAUUACAGCGGUGCCAGAAUCUAAAGAUAUCCGAAAGACUAGCUCUCCCCAGGCACUGCACCAGAAGACUGGAGGCAGGAAACCUCAUGACUGUCUCUCAGGACCAUCUCCAGCUGCAGCUCUUAAGCCUCUCUGGUCACCUGGAGUGAUUACAGGAGAGGAGGACAUAAAACGAGGAACUCAGGCAAGCCCCUCUGUGGUAGCUAGUCAUGUGACCUCUAGCACCAAAGAGAAGCCCUCCAAACUUAAAUUAACAGAGGGCAGGGGUGUUUCAAAAGAAAGGAAAGAGGUGCCUCAAAACAGUAAGGCACAAAUCCUCAACAGUAACUCCAGCAGUUCUAAAGGCAGUAAUAUCAAAACCCAGGCACAGGUGUCAUCCUCACAAAAUAACACCAGUAAAGGCACAGCAGUCAUCAGUAGCAGAACCUCUGUGGAAAUGACAAAAUCACAUAAUCAGAGAGGUGAAAGGCAAUUAAAGUCUAGAGAUAGAUUUAGCACAGAGAAAAAACACAGUUCUGCAGUGGAAGCAGUUCAGUCUGUGCCAGGUUCAGAACGGAGUUUAGGUGCCCCACAUGUUCACCCGAAAUCUCGAGACGAAUCGGUACCAGUUGAGAAGCAUUGCACAGAGAGACUGUCUCUUGUGUCUCAAAAAAUGGAUCCUAAUGGGACCAAAUCUGUCAACACAUGCUCUAAUACAAACACAUCCACUUCCAGAUCCCCUGGCAGCCAUGCUUCACAGAGGAAGUCUUCCCAUGCAAUGCUCUUUUCUUCUUUUGCAAGCUCUGAAAGCUCAGAGUCUGAUAGCCACACACUUCUAGAAGAGCAGAACGUGGAUCACCAUAGUGCCGAGGAUGAAGGUGAUGGGGCGGAAGACGAAAGCUCUCCAGAGAAGCACCACGAGGAGGACAGUGAUGGCUCCACAAAACGACGAUACCCUAGGCGAAGUGCUAGGGCUCGCUCUAACAUGUUCUUCGGACUUACCCCCUUCUACGGUGUCCGUUCCUACGGUGAGGAAGAUAUUCCCUUCUAUAGCAGUGGCGAUAUCCCUAUAAGAAAGCGCUCUGGUGGCAGCAAGAGAUCAGCUGAAGGACAAGUAGACGGGGCUGAUGAUAUGAGCACGUCAUCUUCCGCAGACAGUGGAGAGGAUGAGGAAGGUUUUGGUUCGAACAAGGAUUCGUACUAUUAUAAUUUCACACGAACCAUCAUAAACCCCAGCUCUAGUUUUCCUUCCAUUGAGAGUAUAGAUCAGUGUUUGGGAAGAAGAUCACAGAUCCACAGGUUCAUGAGGGAUGGAGCAAAGGACACCGAUGAUGAAAGCGAUGAAAUAGCAGCAGCGACCAAAAGUUUAGAAUGCCAGCAAAUCGGUCAGCUGGAUGGAGUUGAUGAUGAUUCUGAAAGUGAUGCCAGUGUAAACACCAGCAGCACAACCACUGCUACAACAUCUACAACACAUAAAAACUCAGUGAAAAAGAGAGGUCGAGAGAGCCGAGCGGAGAAAUUGAAUGCAGACUCAGGGAAAGAGGCUGACAGUAGUACUAGCGAUGGAAGCACUCAAAGCCGCGAUGUUCGUAAGAAUCAGAAGGAUAACUGCCUGCAGUUAGGAGGUGUGAAAUCACAGGGACAGGAUCCUCUUGAAAACCAGCUGUCACUCAGCGCAGAUCUUCUUAAGUCUGAUUCGGACAAUAACAACAGUGAUGACUGUAACAUCUUGCCUUCUGAUAUUAUGGAGUUUGUGCUAAACACACCAUCAAUGCAAAGCUUGGGACAACAGCCAGAGGCUAACUCCACUGAACCAUUUUCUUUGGAUGAGGGUUAUGGAGUUGAUGUAAACCGAAGGAAGACUAUACUCUUUGAAGAUUAUACCCCACCACUGGCCAGCACAGAGCCUGUAGAGAGUGGAGUUAGCACCUCAAUUCCAGUAGAAGAACCCUAUGGCCUCCCACUGGAGUUGCCGUCUGACCUCUCUGUGCUCACAACUCGUAGUCCAUCUGUAAAUAACCAAAAUCAUGGUUCACUAAUUUCUGAAAGCUCUGAGCGCAGUAUGCUGGCCCUGGCUACAGAGGAAUCAGGAGUUGAUAAGGGUGGGGACAAGCAGAGAGCAGGAAGUGCUGUAUCUAGCGAGAGCCCACGAGAUGAUGGUGGAGAUUCACAGGCAACUGAAGGUGACAUGACGCCUGAUCAUUUUAUUUCUGCCCGCAUUGAUGGAGAUCACAUUUCAAGUCACGGAAUAAACCAAGUAACAGAAGCAGGGAAUCCAGAUCUAAACAGAACAUCUGGCACACCAGGCUUGCCCAGUUCACCUACUGUGGCUUCGCAGGGUCAGAAGUUUAUUCCUUCUGCCACAGUCAGUACAGGUCACACUCAGAUUGUGAGUCCUGCUGUACAGUCCACUCAUUCUCCUCUGAAAGCUGGUCCAGAGAAACUGAUAGUUCUCAAUCAACAUUUGCGACCUCUUUAUGUACUGCAAACUCUCCCCAAUGGUGUGACUCAAAAGUUACAGAUUGCACCAUCUGUCAAUGCAGCUGGUGUCAUGAAUAGCAGUGCACCUGUAUUAACAGGGAUCAGUACUGGAAUUUCACCCUCUCAGUCCAUUUUCCCUGCCGUUACCAAAGGUUUAGUUCCUGUGCCUCAUCCUCAGCUUCACGCCUUCACUAGUACCACUCAGACGGGUUUCCAAUCAAUUAUUCCCAGCACUACAUCUGGCCUUUUUAUUGGUGUUCCUUCUCAUGAUCCCCAAAUCAUUGCAUCAGAAGCUGGACAUAGACAUGAUCUGGCUCCCAGUGUUGCUAUGGUAUCCAGCGCAUCGUCCAUUUCCCCGACGCCCACUGUGCUUGCCACUGGACACGGCAAAAAGCGGCCAAUUUCACGCCUACAGCCUCGUAAAAGCAAGAAGCUAGCCCGCUCCCGGAGCCAACCUACACUAGCACCAUCAGAGGUUGGGCCUAACAUGACACUUAUUAACCUGUCUUCUCCACAGAUUGCUGCUGGAAUCCCUGCUCAACCAGGACUAGUGGAACUUGGCACAAUAACAGCUGCAGCUGCCACGUCUCACCGCAAAAUGCCCAACAUCAUAAAACGCUCCAAAUCUGGAGUAGUGUACUUUGAGCCUGCUCUCCUUCCACAACCAAUGCCAAUCUCAACCGCUGCUCAGGCUGGUAUCAUUGGGCAUGAUUCCUCAACCCAUUUAUUGCCCUGCACGGUGGCAGGACUGAACCCUAAUCAGUCAUUGUUAAAUGUAGUAUCAGUGCCACCUCCAGCAUCUGGGAAUCUAUUGGGAGCAAAUUCAGUGUCUUUAAGUACUCCAGGGCUCAUUAGUUCUGAGAUCACAGGCCCCAUAAGUAACCUUGUCUUUAAAGCCAGUCCACAUAACUUGGGCCUUCCAGAGCAGCAAAUGGUUCUUCAGUCUGGAACCCCCAUGGUGUCACAAAUUGCCAGUCCUGCUCAGACUUCCAUUGCUAGUAGCAUCUGUGUUCUUCCAUCAAAUCAAAUCAGCAUGUCACCCAACCAGCACCAAGACAAAGAAGGCAAUGUUGUCAAAGAAGUCAAUCUUCAGAACCCUGUUACCAAACUUGUAGCAGACAAGACCAAUGACCCCAGUACAAACACAUCUGGCCAUGUGGCACUUGUGCCCAGCCACAUCACACAUGACUUUAAUAAGGGUCACCUGGUUGGAGUUCCUACCCAGAGUUCACAAACUUCACCUAUCUCACAAUCCACAAGCCAACAGCAAACACUGAAGUCUCCCACUGCCAAAGCUUCCCCAGGCAUUGGAAAGGUCAAGCAAAAAGCAAAGAGGACUCUACCAAGUGUAGCUAGUACUGGUGGAAAGAAGCACAAAGGUGGACCAUCGGAGGCUCUUACAGAAUCACCGGGUGUUCCUGACUCCACAAAUCAAUCUGCUUUACAAAGGGGUAAAGAUCAUAUGGCACUCGAGGUGACGAAUAUGCCAAAAUCUAAUGAAAAGGGUUCAAGAAAGAGUAAUUCUAGAAAGUGUGAAACUUCUUCUCUUAAUCAGAAGGCCGUAGAAUCCCAUGAUGAAAAACUCAGGACUGCUAGUCUUUCUGGUCAGAAUGCUGACCGAACGCCAGACGCUCUGCUAGUAGCCACUCCUGAUCAGAAGGACAACGGACAAAAUUCCACCUCAGACUACAAGCCCAAAAAAGGCCUUCUGUUUGAAAUCUGCAGUGAUGAUGGCUUUAAGGUUUGCUGUGAGAGUAUAGAAGAGGCCUGGAAAUCUCUGACAGAUAAAGUCCAGGAGGCCCGCUCUAACGCCAAACUCAAAGAGCUUUCUUUUGAUGGAGUGAACGGACUUCGGAUGCUAGGUGUCGUCCACGAUGCUGUCGUUUUUCUUUUGGAGCAGCUGUACGGUGCCAGGUACUGCAGAAACUACAGGUUCCGCUUCCACAAACCGGAGGACGUGGACGAGCCUCCUCUUAACCCUCAUGGAUCUGCUCGUGCUGAGGUCCACCACAGGAGGUCUGUGUUGGACAUGUUUAACUUCCUGGCUUCCAAAUAUCGUCAACCACCUGAGUACAACCCUCAAGAGGAGGAUGAGGAAGAGCAGUUCAAAUCCGCUCGACGGAGCACCAGCACUGACAUCCCUCUGGCGGUGAGGUUCAGACACUUGAAGAAAACAUCCAAAGACUCUGUAGGCGUGUACAGGUCAGCCAUACACGGCCGUGGACUGUUCUGUAAGAGAAACAUUGAUGCUGGUGAGAUGGUGAUCGAGUAUUCAGGCAAUGUCAUUCGCUCUGUCCUUACUGACAAGCGAGAAAAGUACUAUGAUGCCAAGGGAAUUGGCUGCUACAUGUUCCGCAUCGAUGACUAUGAGGUGGUAGACGCCACCAUGCAUGGCAACUCGGCUCGUUUCAUCAACCACUCCUGUGAGCCCAACUGCUACUCCCGCGUGGUCACUAUCGAUGGGCAAAAGCACAUAGUCAUUUUUGCAUUGCGGAAAAUCUACAGGGGCGAAGAGCUCACAUACGACUACAAGUUCCCCAUCGAGGAACCAGGCAAUAAGCUGCCUUGCAACUGUGGGGCCAAAAAGUGUCGCAAGUUCCUUAACUAACACCUCUCCCUUCCUUUCUUUUAACUGAACCCUGUCCUUCCAAAACGAAACUGUGUUUUGUCAGUGUGUGUGUAUUUUGAAUAAUAUGGUUAUUUAUUGAAACAGGCUCAGGUUUUCAGAGGGAUUAUGGCACUGUGCCUCAAGUUGAUUCAGGAAAGGUUUCAAGAGCAAUGACAUAAUGAAUAACAGGAGAAAAAGGACUUCUUUAGUGGAGCUCUCCCACAUCUCCCCAAAAACAGGCCAGUGGAAGAUAAGCGGUCUGCUUGCUAUCUAAUUGUGUGCCCUGUUUAGCCCAAAUCUUCAUGACAAAUUCCAAAUGUGCGUGAUCGAGUCUCAUCUGCCCAUGCCUAUGGAAUGUGAGGGGGAAAAAAAAAAAAGAAAGAAAAGAAAAAGUAGGAUGGAAUUACCGCAUUGUUUCAUUUGACACCAAAGUGCAAUUUCUCUAAGCGAACGGUACACUGUCUUUUUAGAUAGAAGAAUUGUGAGGGGUCCAUUGUUUUGUUUUGGUUUUUGUAUUUUUUGCUUAGAGUUUUGUUUUUAACCCUACCUGCAAAUCUCCCUUUCUGAAUGUACAUCAAAGCCUUCUCCUUCUGCUGAUGUGGUCUGUGUGUAUAUAAGCCCUUGGACCGAUGGAUAGAGGAUGCUAGAGGGAGCUUCAUGUUCCCCGUGAUGGACAUAUGCAGGUCUUUAUUGUCUGAACAGGAGUAGGGGGGUAAAGUAAAAUGAGUGUACCUGAACUGUUUGAGAAGUAAUAACCCCUGGAGGUAUCAGUGCAGGCUGGAUGUGCUGAGAUCCUGGUGGACUGACAGCCGAGGGACUAAAGAAAUUUAACGGGUGGGCGGGAUUGCUUAAUUUUACUUAAUCGAAUUUUAUAGUAACUUGGACUGAUAAUAUUUGUAAUGAGGAAAUUUAGUAUGUGCAUGUUUUAAGGCCUGUAGCUGGUAGUAUUUACUAAAAACAAAACAAAAACAACUGAACGGCAUCCAAAUGUUUUCUCUAAAGGGAUGAGUCAUUUUACAAUUUUGCUUUUCCUAUUUCGUUUGUUGUAGAUAGGUAAAUGUCAUUAUUUCCUUUCCUAUGUAAAUAAUAUGUAUAUUUUUCUAUAAAAAAAAACCUGAAAAGCACUCACUAGUGAAUAGCACUUAUUGAUAUUUAUAUUUUUAAUAAAAUAUUGUAUUUAUUUUACCAACAUUUUGUAGUAGAUAGUGGUUUACAACACUAAUGCUUGUCGUUAUUUUUUUAUAGUGUACUUUUUUUAAACAGUUUGGCUUUUUUCUUCCUCCUUCUCUUUUUUCUAUUCCAAAGACUGAAAGCCGUAGUCGUUCCCAUAGUGUGCAGUCCACCAGUAGCUCUCAUUGCCGAUCCAAGUUAGUCACAACCGUUUCAGAGGAUAGUGUAUAAUUAGUGUAGGUUUAGAGCAUUUAGUUAUAGUGUUUAUCUGUAGAUAUGGCAUGUCUCCUCCAAUGGCAGCCUUAAUAUCACACACACACACAUACACACACAAAUACCAACCUUCCCUUAAAGUCCCCUUGUUGCUGUUUCGCAAGCAGAGGACAGCAGAUUUAUGAGGAGAAAUAGUAAGAAAAAAAAAAGAAAUGCUUGAAAUCAUUUUACAUUUAAGCAAAGUUUAGUCCAUCUAUUUUAUUAUUGUAAAAAAAAAAAAGAAAAAGUAUUUUCAUAGAUACGAGUAUACCCGAAGGAAUCUGCCACGGAGGCUAGCCCAUGAAAACUUUCUUCUAAAGCACUAUAUUUGGAGGAAUGGAGGAAAACUCAUUCUCCCUGUUUUGUGCACUGAACAUCAGUCUUCUUCCCAGCUUGACACAUGUUGCCUUGGCACUGCAUGGAGGCUCUAGCUAGCCAUUUUAAAGCACACAAAUGUGCUCUUUUCUAUGUUCCGUUUUUUUCUCCACAGUUUAAGCCCUCUGUGUCACCCUCUUAGGGGCGAGAUCUUAUUUUCUUCACAACAAAUGGAUUUCGUGAAGGAAUUUUUCGACUUCCCAUGGAUGUCUGUCCUGUACAUUUUUUUUAUAGCAAUGGUGUGGUGCCUUCUUUUAAAUUGUUUUGUCCAUCAGUUAAUUCCUGAAUGAAAUCAAAUCAUUCGUCAUGGCUGAUACGAGACCUGAUAUAUUGAGGAGCAUUCUCUCCUUAGGUUGGAAGACAUAUUUUGGGAGAAUGCUGCAAGGCUUCUAAUGCAUGCCCUUCUAAAGGUCUUAAUAAUUGUGAAAGUAUUACACGUUGUUGAGCAAAACUAUUUCUUGUGGAUGCAAACUGAUUCACGCUUACACUGUUGUCUUCUUGACGGUCAGGAAGGAGUGGUAUGAAAGGGAUAAUGUGAGAAGGCGUAGGGGAAGUGUUCGUACCUCCAGACAAAGCUCGCUCAAUUGCUGUGGUGUGUACCUCUGGCUCUGACUUUCGGAACGAGCCACUAAAAGGCCAGUUUCUGUGUAGCAUUGUCUUAUUGCCUCAUGUGAACUCUAAUAUCUUUUCAAGGCAGUUGCAGGUUCCUCAAGCCUUAUUUCCAGAUUCAUGACAACACAAUGAAUUAUGCUUUAUAUAGUUCCUAAUUGGCUGCUUGUUUCAGAUUAGGUUUUCUGGAUUUGUUGGGUUUGAUGGUGUUGCCGCAGAUUCUUGCCGGGAGCGUCUCCGCCGGCGCUCCCGGCAGUGUGGGUCUCGUCAUCGAUUCAGGUAUUCGAGUUCCUCUAAGUCCGGCUCUCUGGAUGCGGCACGGGGCCGGGCUGAACUCUGCAGCUAGGCCUUCGUUGAAUGUAUUAUUUGAACUUAUGAUCGGUCUUUAUCAUAUUGACUCUUUUUUUUUUUUUUCUUUACUUUUGAAUGAUUGUUCCAAUGUGAAAGGCAGGGACGUUACAGAAGAGCUUUAUGUUUCAUUUUAGCCGCUGAGGAUUGUACAGCAACAGUGAUCUUUGUACAGAACUCGCAUCUGUGGAUCUGAUUAUGAUUUUACUAAUCCUAAGGGCUUUGUUAACGACUAUUUUUCCUCCAUCAAACUAGUUUCUGCAUUUUGCAACAUCGGACGCUCCACAAACCAGUGAAAUAUGGUGUUCGGUCAGUGUUUGAGAAGCUACCUGGACUUUAGGUUCCUGGACUUUAUUCUUCCACACCACACCAGUGGUACCACACCUUCUCCUGUACUUGCUCCUUAGUCUAUAUGUAUACAUAUUCUUACACACAUAAUGAAUAUAUUCUACCUAAACCUAUGUAUGGAUAGUAAAUUGUACUUCAAUAUUCACAAUAUCUACACAGUAUAUGGAAUGGACAGACAAAACGUAGUUACAGUAGCAAACAACAGUUUCAUAAUGGUUAAUAGCAAUGUUCAGUGUAAUCUAUAAUGACUUUGUGUUACAGAUACAGUUUAGAUUAAUGUGCAGCAUUUUAAAUAUUGACAUUAUGUAUUGUUUUUUCUGUGCCUGUGUAUGCUCUGUGAUGGGAGCAUUGCAGUUAUGAGCUUAGGACUUGUUUCCUCCUUUUUUUUGGGGAAUGGGGUGGGACUGGGGUGGGAAUGGGGGGUAGGUUGAAAGAUGAUAUUUAUACAAUGAAAUAAAGUAAAUGUAAGAUGUGGUUGUAAAGUUUUUGAGGUUAGCCAUUUGUUUCAAUGCUGUAGUUUUGAUUUUACUCUUUGUACAUUUUCACAUACUUUGUGGUUGUCAAGAAAACAGCAAACAAAAAAUCCCCGAUGGUUCACCUGACCGUGUUCCCCAUGCCUCUUUCUCCUGUCUGGAAUUCAGUCCGAUAUUUUUCCUGUCGUGUUUUGUAAUAAGUAACAGUAAUGAGUAUUUUAUUUAUUUGUGCAACUUUGAAACAUCUGUAUAUGCAGGUAAAGGGUCAGUAAUAAUGUCCCUGAGGUAAGAUGAAAGUGCACAUCAUACAGUUGGACCCUACAGUGCUGUAUUAUCGUUUGUUGAACAUCGGCUUUUUAGUGCUCAAAAAUUGAAAAAUAGAGAGAGAGAGAGAGAGAGAGAGAGAGCCUGUGCUUGUCCACCUUUUCAGGCAUUGAUGCUUUUUUUUUUUUUUUUUUUUUUUUUUUUUUUUAUGAACACCUCUUUAUUCUUUUUAGCUCUUGGAGUGUUCUGUGUUUGUUAAUGCUUUAUUAUUAUAUUUUUCUUUCUCCCGUUGCCCAAUCAGUGUUUUUAGUGUUCAGAGAAAUGAAGGAAAGAUCAUUGACAAACCACAAAUUACUUAAGAACGAAUGUAUGAGGAAAAAAAAUGUACAUAACUGUAAAAAAAGCAAAAUUUCUAAUCAUGUUUAUUUUCUAUGCACUUUUUUUAUUUAAGUGAUAGUUUAAAUAAUAAACAUGUCUUGUUUA